CAUCUGAUUGGACGCGACAGCGAGGGGCGAGAACCAUGUCAUCAUUCCUCCUUAAAAAGACUGCUGCUAUGCCUCAGUGAUGGAAAGAUCACCGCACGCGUCCAAAUAUAGUACCAGGUGUGCCUCUGAUUCCAACCCGUCUGAAGUGCCUUUCAGCUGGCGAAGAUGCCGAGGGGAUUUUUAGUCAAGAGAAAUAAGAAAGCGACACCUGUUUCGUACCGCGUCCGCUCGGAGGAUGAGCAGGACGCGUUUCCAGGCGCGCAGCAGGACGCGGCAAGCGCGCACCGCCCGGCGCAGCCGGUGCAGUUUGGGAACCCAGAGAUCGUCUACCGACCCAUGUACAGCCCGACCCGACCCGUGAGCAGGGAGCACGAGAGGGCGUGUUUGGAAAGGCGCUUCAAUCUCGGCUCGCCCAUUUCGGCGGAGUCCUUCCCGGCGGCACCCAGUGGCUCUGAUCAUGCGCCGUUCGCUCCCGUGGAUCUUAAAAUCGGCACCAGCAACAGCACGCGAACCGGCACAACAGUAACCACCAAACGGCCCGCGUCAGACGCGGAGCGCAAAGGCAAACCAGUAUCCAAGAGAGCCAAAGCCAUGCGGAAAUUGCAGUUCGAGGACGAAGUCACCACUUCCCCGGUGCUGGGACUGAAGAUCAAAGAAGGUCCUGUGGAGCAAAAACCCAGAUCUCAGUGCGCAGGCGGCGACAAGCCGCUCGGAGAGUUCGUGUGUCAGCUGUGCAGAGAAGCCUACGCCGAUCCCUUCUCUCUAGCCCAACACAAAUGCUCAAGAAUCGUCCGGAUCGAGUACAGAUGCCCAGAGUGCGACAAGCUCUUCAGCUGCCCGGCGAACCUGGCCUCGCACCGGCGGUGGCACAAACCCAAAACAGUGCCACAAAACCCGGAGAGCACUAAAACCCCCGCGACCGGGAAAGACGAGACCUCCAGCGACAGAGACACUCCGAGUCCUGGACUCUCCGAAUCCGGGUCCGAAGAUGGGCUUUACGACUGCCAUCACUGCGGGAAGAGGUUCAAGCGUCAGGCAUACCUGAAGAAGCACGUGAUGGCGCACCACGACGCGUGCGACAAAUCCCAAAGCCAGGCGCCGCUCAACCUGAGCGCGUCUGAGUGCCACCUGUGCCCGGUGUGCGGAGAAAACUUCCCCAGCAGAGUGAGCCAGGAGCGGCACAUCCGUCUGCUGCACUCGGCGCAGAUCUACCCCUGCAAAUACUGCCCAGCCAUGUUCUACAGCUCGCCGGGACUCACGAGACACAUCAACAAAUGCCACCCGUCGGAAAACAGGCAGGUGAUCCUGCUUCAGAUGCCUGUGCGUCCAGCCUGCUGAAGCAAAGCUGUGCCUUAAACCAGUGCUUCCCUACCCACCUCUCGGAUCUCGCGGAAUCGGGUCGGGAAGCGACCUGGAUGAGCACCAGAUUGGACUCUUUUCAAAUCUAAGCUAGUUGAUCUACAACAGGUUAGACUGUUCGCUUAUUUUUCUAGGAUCUCCGCACAAGUGCUUUUAGCUUUUAGACCUAAGAAAUCCUAGAACCUGCCUUGAAUUCACAGGCUGUACAUACGUUUCCAUCGUCUCUAGCUUUAAUAGAGCUUGUGAAUCUGUGGACUUUAACUGUAGCUUUCCAAACAACCUACUGACAAGGGUUUCUCCUUUUUCCUCUUUAGUGUAGCCAGAAAUGCCUUGAAUUAGAUCUUGACAUGCUGUAAAACUGCCUUAAUCAUGUAAAUGUUGGAGUGAUUGCGGUUGCUGAUAAUAAUUUGUAUAUUGUUGUUAUUAUUAUUCUUGUGUGUGAAUAUGUUUGGGAUUAUUUAUCUUUAUUAUUAUUAUUUAUUUAUUUCAAAUGUUUUAUUUAAAUUAUUUGUUUGCCUAAUUCAUUUGUGAUUGAUUUGAAUUUUGUCUGGACAGCCAGAUGUUUCAAUUAUUGAUCCAAUGAUCAAUCUUUGCCAAUUCUGAAAGUCUGAAAUUCACUUUGCAUUAGAUACAAUCGUUUAAUUUAUUUUUAUUUUCUACAUGUUCAGCGCUUGUGUGUUUCUGCAGUCCUGCUAUUUGUCCAAAAAUACUUAGAAUGAUAACAAUAAUAAACAGUCCAAAAAGUCCAAUUAGGAUCCAC